AUGCUGGAUCUAGUGUCUGUGCAAAUCAGUCCACCAAACAGUGUCCCAUCUGUCAACCAGCCACUGGACCUGGUCUGCCUUGGUGCUCCAGCAGCUGACCCUUCACAGCAGGUGAACCAGGUGGUCUGGUACAAAGAUGGACAGAAGGUGACGCUUCGUGAAAAUAUGCAGCUGCUGCAAAACAACCUCACAAUUCACUUUGACUCACCGCUGCCUUCUGAUACUGGAUUCUACAUGUGUGAGAUGUAUGAGCCUACGCCUCAACAGACAAGAGUGUUCAGCCUGGGAUAUCUCCUCAGCUUUGCCGCUUGGAACGUCAGCAUCAGUGGACCUGACACCGUGUCUCCUGGCAGAUUGUGUAAAUUCACCUGCUUGACGAGCUGCACCUUAAAUGUGGAUUGUACCGUCAGAUGGCAGUUCAGGCAGGGUUUCCCCAUCGGAAGCUACUUUUCAGUCCAUGAAAAUGAAUUCAGGUGGACCCCUUCCAUCCCGGGUACUUCCCAAAACUUCACCUGCGUUGCAGAAAAUGCAGCUGUUGGACGCUCUGCCGAGGCCACCAAGCUGGUGGAGGUUAUAGGUAUUCCUCUAUCUGGAUCACAGGGGGUGCAGAAAAAUGAACUUCCUGCAAUGAUCGUCAGCCUGGGACUGCUGCUGCUUUUUGAUUUAUAGCUGGUGAUUCACAGCUGUUUACUUUGUUUUACCGUUUACGCCUCAUUGAGUGUAUUUGCCCUUAUGGAAAUGUUUUUCUUGUUUCUUAAAUUGUUUUACUUCAUGCAAUUAGGUUAUUCACAUGUUUACCCAUCGUAUACAUAUACGUUAUAAUGUAUAUAACUGUUAUUGAGACAUCCUGCAGCAGAGUAUAAUCUAAAGUAUAAUCAAUGUUUGUGAUGGUUUCAUGCUUAUUCUAACUCGAUAAUGGUGUCAAGUGUUUGUCAUGAGGAUCAUGAGACGUUGUAUGCGUCCCAAAUGGUAUUGUUUCUCUUUUUUACUUCAGUUCGUACAGCAGCCCUUACAAAGUGUGUAUUGUUACGUGCAGGGUGCACACACUGAGUCAUACUACAUUUGGCACACUGUA